GUCAAUUUUUGACCUUUGUCCGGAUCAGAAUAAAAAUGGCGACAACAAGCAGACACACUAAGCCGCUCUUCUUCUUAGGGUUAGUCUUGGCUUGUAUCCCAGCAUGCAUUGGGCUUCCUGAAGGCAUGUUUUUGGAGAAACCCAACGCCAGCGUUUUCCUUCAUCGAACCCGUCGAGCUAACUUUUUCUGGGAGGAACUGAAACAAGGCAACCUGGAGCGGGAAUGUCUCGAGGAGAAAUGUUCAUAUGAAGAAGCAAAGGAGAUCUUUGCUCUCCCGCAGCAGCUGGAGGUCUUCUGGAGAAUGUACACAGCCGAGAACCACUGCCUGUCAUCUCCCUGUAAGAACGGCGGGACUUGCACUCGCAAGCUCGACACUUUUGUCUGCCAAUGCACGUCUCGAUUUCACGGAUCCACUUGCGACAAAGCACGCGUGACCGCCCAUGGGUGUCGCUAUAGGAAUGGGGGGUGUGAACACUUCUGCAAAGAGUUUCCCGACCGGACAUACACUUGUUUUUGCGCACCGGGAUACCGUUUGGAUCAGGACAAUAGUACCUGUACUCCACAAGACGCUGUCCCGUGUGGACGACCGUUGGUCCACUUUGGGCCGAGAGUUGUCAACGGAGAGAUUUGUCCCAAAGGACAUUGUCCCUGGCAGGCUCUCCUGACUGAGAACCACCGGCAUUCUUGCGGCGCCAUCGUCCUAUCCGAUCAAUGGAUGCUGACGGCGGCUCAUUGCGUAUGGAAGAAACCAAAUAACAUCUUACACGUGGUCGUGGGCGAGCAUGACCUUGAGACAGACGAGAAGACGGAGCAGAAGCGGCGAGUAUCUAAAGUCUUGAUCCACCGCAGUUAUAACCAGUCCAGCUUCGACAGCGACCUGGCCAUGCUGAAGCUCCACCGUCCCAUCAAAAUGGGACUUUACGUGGUUCCUAUUUGUCUUCCGGCUAAGAACAGCUCGUUCGUCCGCACCCUGGCGGCAAUGCGGCAGAACAUCGUGUCAGGAUGGGGUCGCCUGUCGCUGCACGGAUCCACGGCAAGAUUGCUCCAGCGCUUGAUGCUACCACGGGUCCCGCUGCAAGAGUGUCGCCUGCACACCAAACUUAACGUCACGCGAAACAUGAUCUGCGCCGGCUUCCAAAAGGGCGGGCAAGAUGCAUGCAAGGGCGACAGCGGCGGUCCUCUGGUGACACGCUACAAGAAAACUUGGUUUUUGACCGGUGUGGUGAGCUGGGGGAACGGCUGCGCUGACAACAACAUGUACGGCAUUUACACCAAAGUCAGCAACUACCUGGACUGGAUCCAAAAUCAAAUGAGCAGAUGGUAAAACUAAUUUGCCAACCGACAACAUGAUAUUUGCUUUCAACUGGUGACUUUUGUCUCAAUAAACGAACAAAUAAGCAUUUUUUUUCCUCCUGUUGGUUGUUAACUGUUUGCUCUAAUUUUGUUCAGGUAAAAAUGCUAAAAUCUUGAUGGUGGUGCGAGAUCAGUGCUAGCAAAGCCUUUUUUUUCCCCCUAGCAUUUCUCUUAUCUACCCUGCUUGUACAUGAAUGUAGAGAUUAGAUUUACCGUAAUUUUCGGACUAUAAGUCGCGGUUUUUUUCAUAGUUUGGGCGACUUAUACUCGGGAGCGACUUAUAUACAUAUAUAUGGGGUUUUUUUUCACUUUUUUGGGCAUUUUAUGGCUGGUGCGACUUAUACUCCGGUGCGACUUAUAGUCCGAAAAUUACGGUAGCUUUUUUUAUCCAAUCAUAUUUCAGCAAUAUCAAGCAAUAGCUUCUUCCUUCUCCUUUUUUGAACAUGUUGAUUUAUUUGUCGUCUUGGCGUAACAUGAAAUUAGGUGAAAAUGUGAAAAACUGAUUUUGUGUUUGGUUGAUCUCAUGUUCAAAUAUUAUCUUCAACUUAUCCAAUCAUAUUCCAGCUCGACAUAUGUGUUGCCGUGUCAAUCAAUAAUAAAAUGGAAGACAUUG